GCGGAGUACAGCUUCAGUCAGUAGCUCAGUACGCGACGAGAGCACGCACCGAGCGUACGCAUGUCCCGAACAUCCGAACACAAAACAUCGAAACUGAACACGAUAAAAUAAACAAAGUGUAGCUUGUGUUGUGGAUAGUGAAGAGUGACAAUCGACAUUUUAGAGAUCGUUAGUGAUAUUGUAGCCAUGAAAGUCCUCACCGUCGGCGAUAAAGUAGCGAGUGUUGGGGGCGAGAAUGAGCCCACUGUUGUGGUCGAUACACAGAAAUUGGCUAGAGAGGAAUUGAACAGAGGAUGUCCUCUCGGAGUGUCUCGUGUGACGUCGUCGGUGUAUGUAUGUGGAGCCCACGCCCUGCCUGGUGCAGUGAAGGCCCUGCAUCCCAGGCUGAUCGUCAGCGCCGCUCCCGAACUUCCCCCACCUCCUGAAGACUACGUGCCUCGACACUUUGUACCUCUCCUGGACACGCCCAACUCAGACAUCUAUCCGUUUAUGGAACGUGUUGCUGACCUGAUUAAUGAGGUGGUCGCAAAUGGAGAAGUGGUACUGGUUCACUGCGUGGCGGGGGUGUCGCGUUCUGUCACUCUCUGCUUGGCGUACCUCGUCAAGUGGCAAAAAAUGACCCUGCGCGACGCUUAUCAUCAUAUGAAGCAAAGACGGCACCAAAUCCGACCGAAUACGGGCUUCUUCAAGCAACUCAUCAAAUUCGAGGAGCGGCUUUUCGGAGAAGCAUCCGUGAAAAUGGUGUACUGCGAGGCCAUUGACAAAGAAAUCCCUGACGUUUACGAGCCGGAUUAUAGCGGAAUGACCUGGUUCAGGCAGCGGUACGGGCCUAUCGAGAAGAGCUGAAGAAAGAAAGAGAUGUAAGGACAGCCGUGAUUUGCCGAAAGGGAAGGAUGGUAUUAUAAGACUGAAUGGAUGAGUGGUUUUUGAAUGGCGGGUGUGAUAUUGUUGGCGUGUCUGCGGUCUUGGAAUUUUAUUAGAAUAUAAUUGGUAAAAUCGAAUGUAUUAGUUUCUUCGGUUGUAGAUUCGCUGUUUUGGGGAAUAUAGUGUGUAAUUAAUUGAUAAUACCGCAGAUUAUGAAUGAAAGAAUGGUUGGUAGAUAUGAUUAUUCUACAAAAGUAGCGUCAGAAAUAUCAGUUUUAAUGUAAGGAGAGCGUUUUGAAGCACGAUAUUAUUAAGAAAUAAUGUUACUUAAUAUUAUUUUUCUUGAUUAGUAAUUAUCAAUAACACCGUUUAAUAAUUUUAACAUAUGCUCGUUCUUAUUAAGUGAAUAUUAUGUGAUAUAAAAAUAUUGUUAAAAAAUCUUAUCUUACGUUGAUCUAUCUUAUAAGAUUGAUUUAUAAUUUAAAAUUAAGGGACCAAAAAUAAAUAAGCGAUUGUUCAAAUUACUA